CUCUCCACUACAGCUUUAUUUAUUCUGUUUACUGCGGGAUGUAUUUUUCACCGACAGACUCGGGUGGUCCAGAACGCCUGUCCUGGGGGAGAGUGGUCCAAAAGCUGCUCAGUCAUGCUGAUGAGACAGAAACAGCAAGGAAGAGAGAUUCAGGGUGUUUAUCGGUUAUUUCAAUGGACGACGACCCGUUUGAAGAAGCUCUGUGUGCAGAGACGGUGUCCGUCGUGUCUGAUGUCCUGAAGGAGAGCAGUUCUGAGCUCCUGGGCUCCUCCAGACUGCUGGUUCCUCCUGCGUUACUGGAGAGGAUCAGUGUGGAGCUGCUGCAGCUGGCGGCCACUGAACCCUGCGGACUCAGAGGGGCUCUGAUCGACGUGUGUGUGGACAACAGCAAGGGUCAUCAGAGUGUGGCACAGAUCUCUGUGGACCCCGACAUUGUUCCAACUUUUCAUCUCACGUUUUUACUGCGGAUGGAUGUUGGAGGACUGUGGCCAAAGUUCACAAGUAGGAUCAGUAACACAGUGAAACUGAGCACAAACUUUAGAGUGGUGAAAAGGAAGCUGUACAGCUCGGAGGGAGUGUAUGUGGAAGAAUUAUAACCUGAAGAUUGUACUUCUACUACAAACUACUCUAAGCUAUAGCCAGUACUUGAACUCUCUCUUGGAUUUUUUUUUCCUUAUUUAAAAAUAAAUACAAAUAUUGAUAUGGGUCUUACUGUACACUUAAGCUGAUAGGUCAAGCUGUGUUAGCAUAAACUUACAAUCUAGCCCUUGGAAAUACCCAUCACUUGAGUAAUGGCAGUUACUACCUCAGGAAAGUAAUUAGGAGACAUUUUACAAUUAUGCUUGAAUGUUUACACUACCUCCUUUAUAUGAUGUUUACAAAAUGUGUUAAUUUUAUUAAGUGUUCUUUCAUCAGAUAUCCAGAUGAACACAAGUGCUUAAAUCUGAAUGCAUUGCCAAAAGACUUGCAUUUUUUUUUUUUAAACUUC